UAUGAUUUUUGCCAGCUAAAUAGAUCUCUUCAGGAUAGGAGACCUUCUGCCAGAGAGAAACCUGAGGCGGAAUUUAAGCAAAAGAUGGAUGGCUUGAUAUCAGAAAUUGAAAAAAAUGCCCCAAGCUUGAAGGCCCUGUAUCAAUAUGAGGCUCUGCGUGAGAAAGAAAAAGUAGUCACUGAAGAGUUUGAAGCAGCCAGAAUGGAAGAGAAGCAAAUAGCUGAUGGUUACAAUGCAGUAAAGCAGAGAAGGGGAUUAAUCCAGCUUGUCAACCUAGUCAAGCCAUCUACUCUUUGUACCAAAAUCCUUCACUUGAUAUGAAAAAGAGCAGCAAUCGUCAGUUGGGCGGGACGGCAUAUUUGAGCUUAGAAAAUGAGGACGAUCCUUUUCUACAUGGUAUUGAAUACACUGCUGUGCCCUCACAAAAGCGUUUCCGAGACAUGGAACAGCUCUCUGGUGGAGAGAAGACUGUUGCAGCGCUGGCAUUACCAUUCUCCAUCCACAGGUAUGUCCUUGGAUAUCAGCGAACUGUUUCUUAACUGUAACAGUUAUCUAUUUUUCUCGAAAUUUGACGUUGCAUGGCUACUAAUACCUUUGCUUCCUUCUCUCAUUUCUGUGGUAAAACUGCAAGUUCUUGGCUCAUUAUGUAAAACCAGGCGACCAAUUAUCUAAUAUCCAGGAUUGGAUUUUAUCUGUUGAUGUAUUUGAUGACCUUAGGAUUGGAUAUGAAUCUGCUGAUGAUUAAUGAAUCAAGGCCCAAGAAAUUUCAUAGCGUAGCAUUGAAACAUGCAUUUUCACUACCAUGCAUCUUAGGCAACUGUUUUCGUGUGUUUUGGUUGUUUAAAUAUGUAUCUGUCCAUUGCUCCAGUUCUCUGUCUUGUUGGUCUAGAUACUUUUAUUCAGAGACAGGAGCAAGACGCCACCUUACUACCUUAGAAAUGGAGAAUAGGUUGAAAAGAAAGCGAGCUACGGCAUUUACAUAUGGACCAAUACCUUCAACUUCAAGUGCGAGACUCUGUGAUGUGAACUGAAAACCAAAUUCUAUUGGUGCUAGAUGUAAGCUAGUGAUAGAUAGACUGAGUUCAAAAGGUGACUGAAUUUUUUUUUGGCAAUAGAUUUAUUUUAAACGUCUCUGCUUCAAAUUUCUCCAUUGACCUCAUUCAACCUCCAUGAUAUAUUUUGGGGUCAGAGAAGCCUUCUUUGGCUUCGAUAUCUUGAGGAAUACAGGAUGAAGACAGCCAUAAAUUAAUAGUUUCUUGAUAGCAAACCCCUCUGCCUUUAUAUUUUCCUGUAUUGCAGUUGCAGACAAACUAAUUUCUUUAGCAUCACAGCACUUUAGCCAGCCAGUUUCCUCCACUCGCUGCACAAAAUGUAUUCCCAGUAUCUUCGUCUUGCCACAUCCAUCUCCAUUACUCUAGUGGAAUCAUAAAUACACCACAUGCUGAAGUACUGUCCUUGCUAAUUCCGAAUAUUGAGAUCUUAUCAGUCCAGAAGCACAUUUCUGUCCUUAAUCCUUUGGGAAAAUAUAAAAAAGUUGUAUGCCCAAAUGAGCUGUAUGCACCUCUA